AUGGAUAUGUCUCAUGGUGUCUCGCAUGAGGCUGGGCCAUAUUCAGAGCUCGAGGUGCUGUCGUCAGAGAAAACAGUUCAUCCGGCGCCUCAGCUUCAUGUUGAACCCAAUUGUCAGGCUUCAGCCGAACAAGACGGGGCUCACAAGCAGGGUCGCGAAUAUGCCCACGAGAAUUCCGCUCUGAUAGUGAUUCCCGCGGAAGAUCUUCCAGACGCAAAGUAUGCUGCUGCGACAUAUCUCAAGCCCGUCACAGUGUAUCAUGGCAGAUGGAAGCGAAAGAAAUGGAUUAUUCUCUUCGUUGUUGCUCUUAUUGCGAUGGGCGCUAUUGUCGGGGGUGUCGCAGGCGGCCUUUUGUCCGAACAUUCUGGAGCUAAAGAUACUUCAGCAUCGCCAUCCUCUUCACCUCCUGUGAGCACAGCUACAGCCCCACCAGCAAUGUCGGGCACAGCCACGUCACUGGCAUCUUACGGCUACCCGACCGCGGUGUCUUGGGGCUACCCACACAUGGAGAUCUUCGCUCUCAAUUCAUCCAUGUACCCCGAAUGGAAAUACCGGCCACAGAAUUCAACAACGAACUCCGAAAAUGGAGGCUGGCAGCCAGCGAGCAAUAGCGUCGAACCAUUUAUCCAGCUCGACAACAAGACCGCAGCGGACGAGUUUGGCGUGUCCGCCAUCACUCGUAGCCCUACAGACGUGGACAUCUUCAUCACAGGCGCAGAUCAGCAGUUGUGGCAGAAAUACCACAAUACAAUGACAAACUGGCCCGCAGACUGGGUCCUGCUCGCCGGCUCUCACCUUAGCCCUCCCACUGCUGUCUCGUGGGCACCUGACAGACUGGACAUUUUCACCAUCAAUUCCGACCACGUUCUAUCCCAGAAAUGGUACACCAGUGCGAGCGGAUGGGAACCAUACUACACAUUUUCCUCACAAUUCUCCUUCAAAACGUACGCUCCCACCGUUGUGUCCUGGGCCGAGGACCGGUACGAUAUCUUCCUUGUCGGCAGCGAAGACCAAUCCCUGUAUCACAAGUACUACGACGGGGAAAGCUGGGAACCAAUUGAUUUCGAGAAGCUAGGCGGGUUUUGCACCUCCAGGCCCGUCGCCGUGUGCCGGCAAAAGGGUAAAACAGACAUCUUCGUCCGCGGCGGGGACGCUGGAUUAUGGCACAUGUCUUUUUCGCAGGACGUGCCGACGCCGCAGCAGUGGUCGAAUUGGACCUCGCUUAGUGGCAGAACGGCGAUGCAAGCCGAGCCAGAGGCAGUCAGUUCUGACUCAAACACUCUCCAUGUGUUUGUUUGGGGAGCGGACAAUGCGUUACUCUACAAGAGUUACGACGCCCGGACAAAUUCCUGGACGCCUAGCAGCGGGUUCCAUACAUUGGGCGACAGCCUUUCGGGUCCGCCGAAGGCGGUCUUUGAUGGCCAAAGUGUUCACGUCUUUGCAUACCUGAAGGGUGGACAGCUUGGCCACAAGAGCUUGGAUAUCGCUUCCAAUGCUUGGAAUCCUGUCCAGCAGUUCGAGCUGCUUGGCAGUGUUUGA